UGACGUCAGCGACCAAACAACAACAACACAGACAGCAGCUGGCGGCAGUGCGCGUGAGGAGCGGGGACCGGGCUCCCGAUUGUCUGCUAUGGCUCAUCGGGGUGGAUACAACAGCGCGGAUGUGUCAGAGGUGGAGCCGGUUAAAAGCGCAGAGCUGAACUCAGGUGAAGAGAUGGCAGAGACGAGAAAAGAGCAGACCACCAUCAGCGUCCCACGCCCUGCAGGGACAUUUCAUCCAUUCUAUAAUGUAUCAAAGCUGAUCAACUGGAAAAGACCAUUAUGGACUUCCGCUUUCUUCGCUAUUACAAAUAUUGUCUUCUGGCUGGUGUCCCUCAGUCCAUGUAGAGUAUUCAGCAUCAUCUCCUUGUGUCUGGCUGUCAUAUUGGUGAUACAGAUAAUGCGAGAUGUGGCUCUUUCUAGAUCAAAAGGAGCUGCUUUAUGGAGGAGUAUGACAAGCAGUUGGGAGGUCAUAGACUCUGCCCAGGAGGACAAGUCUGGAUCAGGAUCUCCGUUCACAGACCCCUGGACAAGCUUCAAGCUGUUCAUUGAAGAGACUUCCUCUUUUAAACAGCAGAAUCCAGGCAAGUUCUGUCUGCUGGUAUGCAGUAUGUGUUCCUUUCUGGCCUUACUCGGGCGUUACAUUCCAGGGGUUGUUAUUUCAUACAUCUUAGUACUAGGAAUUUUUCUCUGGCCCUUGGUGUCAUCACAUGAGUUUGGAUUGUGGAUGAAACCAGUUCUGCAGAAACUGGACUUCGGAGUGGGCGACUUUCUUCAGAAAAUCAAGGAGAACCAUGAGAAAAGGAUACUUCAGUCACAAGCCGAGAGAGAGAGCAUUGAAGCUGAUCUGUCCUCACUUUUCCCCAAGGUGGACUCCACCGUGUGCAGGGAGCUGUCGAUAUCAGACACAGAGGUCUCUGAAGUGACAUGGACAGACAAUGGUACCUUUAAUCUUUCAGAGGGGAACACACCUCAAACAGAAAACUCAGAGGACUCAGACCGGAGAAGCGAUGAAGAGGUCUUCACCGGUGGUCUACCAAAGUUUCCUUCCCUAGACAAUGUCUUGGGAACAAAUGGGGAUGAUGAUGAAGACAGCAUUGGAAUGCCCACCACACCUGCCCAUCCCAGCCGGUUUGGGUCCACACAAUCAGAAGAAGAACCUACAGUUCAGGCCCUGGACGUUGUGCAGAGGUUAGCUGGGGACGUGAUAACAGCAGCAGUCACCGCGGCCAUGCAGGAACGCCUGGAGGCCAUGGUACCGCCGGCGCUGGUCCAGGCACUCGCUGAGGAAUCAGACAGUGAGGCGGAGGACUUUGAGCUGUUGGACCAAUCAGAGCUGGAACAGCUGGAGGGAGAGCUGAGCCUGGACAGAGCCAACCGCACAGAUCCAUCUAAACCUAGCAAACCGGGCUUUCUCUCGCAACUGCUGGGACGACCCUGAUGUUAUUUUGAGGGAUUCCGCCUCCCUCUGUGAUGGGAUGUGGGUGGGAUGGUUUACAGGGAAAGGUCCAGGGUUGUGUAGGUAUCCCAUUGUUUUAACUUUAAUGGUGUGAUUCGGUUCUUUAGCUAUACAAAUAAAUCCAUCUGUGGCUAAUUGUGGCUGGUUUUGGCACUGCUUUAUAUGAGUGGGUCAUUGUAAUUGUAUAUCACAUUCAAAUCAACCUACUGUAUAAGAUAUCAACCUGACAAUGACCAGAGGGUUAUGGACCAGAGAAAUGUCACUAGUUUAGCUGUUAAAACAGGUAGGACGCAGGAAAGGUGGAUGCAGGAUGCAUUUGUCUAUUCAACUUUUUGUCAUUUUCUCCUUUAAAAAAGCUUAAUGGCUGAGACAGAGACUCCUACUAAUAGACAAUCAGCAGUACUUUCACAGUGGUAGCACGUACAACAAAAACAAAACACCAUAUGUACUGUAGGACACAUGUAAAGAUGUGUUUUGAUUUGUUUUCUAGUUUGUUUGUUUUAUUUGUAUUUUUUCAUGAAGAAUUUUUGAAAAGCUAGUAAGUGUAAUCCUUUGCAUGUAUAGUUCUGUGUUUUAUUUUCAGACUUGUAUUGUUUGUAUUUGCACUUUUCUUCAGAGUGAUGCAACUAGGGCACUAGAGAAAACAGGCACUUAAGUUGAACAUUUAUAUAUAAUAUACCUUUUAAGCACAGUUUAUAUAUAAUAAAGAGUUAUAAUAAACCUGA